AUGAUCGACCCUGAAGCGCGGCUCUGGGCAGGAUCGGGCAGCUUGAUCAUCGGCGGUCCUUGUACUUGGCACAUUACGGAUCUUGACCAGAGAAGGCACUUCUCCGUCACAUAUGCCCCGCCAGUCCCAGUUCAAGAUGUCGAGGAUACCGAGGACAUCUGUAUGGCACAGAUCCGAAAGCAUAUUGACCAGCUUGGUGAUGGUGUCUACGGAAUUCGCGUUUCAGAACCAAAUGGACCUGUUACAAUAUCCACUGACCAGGAAGAUGAUGUGACCUGCUGGAGCCGCUCACCUCGCGAUCAUCCACACAUUGUUCCUUUUGACUCUGUCGUUCUUGACAAUAUCCGCGGGGGAAUCGUCGGCUCCACCAGUCUUAUUCCUGGCGGUACACUGAAGGAUAACACAACUAGGCCGUUCCGUCUUCAGUGGCUUCACCAGCUGCUAUCUGUGGUAGACGACCUAAACUACCAGCACUAUACGCCUGAUCGGGAUGAUAUGAAGGGUGUCAUCUUUACGCUAUAUGAGAUUAUCACUCUGGAUGAACCCUUUCGUGAAGUUCCGCACGAGAAACAAGAUGCUGAAGCAGUGCUGCAAAUGGAGUGGCUAAAGCACCCUAAAGUACAGCUAGAUAGCGAUAUUCAAACCUUUCGGGGCGUCUUGGAUACAUGGCUCGCCAAAAGGAAAGGAAAGGAGUUUAAGCCCAAAGAUACGUGGGUGCAGUGGCCAUGGAUGCCCAAGCCGCCGGCAGGGCCGGUGCUGACUUAUGGACCCGAAGGGAAAGUGACUGGAAAGGAGAUGAGGUCUGUUCGUGUUCUGAUUCGGAAUCACCUAGUCCAGAUGGGCGAGCCAUAUUGGGAUUGGGAGAGGCCAGCAAGCUAUCGGCUGAGGGAGGUUCUUGGAAAGGACAUUGAAAGCGAGGGCAAGAAAGUCAGAAAUCCUCCUGCAGGUGAAGCACCAAACAGAGGAACUCCAACGGCCUCUCUGUAG